AGGCUAGAGGGCAAGGUAGCCCUGAUAACGGGGGGAGCAAGCGGGAUAGGCGAGAGCACGGCCAGGCUCUUCGCCAAGCACGGCGCUAAAGUCGUAAUCGCCGAUGUCCAAGACGACCUCGGCCGCUCCCUCGCUAAAACCAUCCAAUCCGACUCAACCUACGUCCACUGCAACGUGGCAAACGAGGCGGACGUCCAAAAUGCAGUAGACACCGCCGUUUCGAUGCACGGCCAGCUGGACAUCAUGUACAACAACGCCGGCAUCACGGGGACCUACAACACGGCCAUCUCGUCGUUGACUCGCGACGACUACGACAAGGUUUUCGACGUCAACGUGUACGGCGCCAUGUUGGGCGCCAAGCACGCGGCGCGUGUGAUGGCCCCGCGGAAGAGAGGUUGCAUCUUGUUCACGUCCAGCGUGGCGUCGGUUAGCUUUGGGGAGGUGCCACACCCGUACUCGGCGUCGAAGUCGGCGGUGGUGGGGCUGGCGAAGAAUCUGUGUGUGGAGUUGGGGAGGUACGGGAUAAGGGUGAACAGCAUCUCCCCCGGCGCGAUCCCGACUCCGAUGUCGGUGAUGGCGACGGGGCUGGGCGAGUUGAGGAAGGUGCAGGAGGCGGUGGCCGCGGUGGCAAACUUGAAAGGGGUGAUGGUGGAUGCGGAUGACGAUGUGAGGAAGGUGCAGGAGGCAGUGGCCCCGGUGGCGAACUUGAAAGGUGUGAUCGUGGAUGCGAAUGACGUGGCACAUGCGGCUUUGUAUCUGGAGAGUGACGAGACGAGGUAUGUCAGUGGGCUGAAUGUUGUGGUUGAUGGUGGGCUUUGCUUGAAUAGUCUUAUCUUGGGCAAGCAGUCACGAGACUAA